AUGACCAUUUCCGCAUCCCGCCUGGGCAUAACCCAGUCCGCCGCCUCCCACCGGCUUCGCGAAGCCGAGCGACGGAUCGGGAUUUCUCUCGUCCAACGGGGUGAAACCGGCUUUCAGCUCACACCCGAAGGCGAACGCCUCAGGCGGCUGGGGGAAAAUUUUCUCGCCGAGUUGUUCAGGCUGGAGCAGGAACUGGAGGCUUCCGCUCAGGAACAACGUCUGCUGGUCCGGCUCGGCCAGGCGACUUACAGCCGUUACCACUGGUUCCCGGCCUUUCUGGAAUAUCUGGAAGCCGAAGACACCAACCUGACAGUAGAUCUUUCGGGCAACGCGACGUCCCGGCCGCUCGCCUCGCUGAUCGACGGUUCCGUGGAUGUUUCGCUGGUGUUCGGCAGGGAACCUGCCCUUGCCCAAUUCAAGGCCACAAAACUUGGAUCCGACCCGAUCGUCGCCGUCAUGUCGGCAAAUCACCCACUGGCAGGCGAACCCGUCGUCAACAGUCUGAACAUGGGUGACGAGCGAUUUUUCGUAUAUCCGCUGACGGCCGAACCCGGUUUCGACUGGACCACCCUUCUCGGCGCUCCGGUCGAACCUUUCCGCCGCCUGACGUCGAUGCCGACACCGGAGGCCGUCAUCGAUCUUGUGCGAGCAAGUUUCGGCGUUGCGCUUUUCAGCCAAUGGGCGAUCGAACCCGAACUGGCGGAUGGCACACUGGUUGCGCGGCCAAUCGCGGACGAAGGCAUGUAUCUCGACUGGUGGUGCGUCAGACGCGCAUCGGACCCGAACGACGGUCCGGCGGCCCGCCUGGCAGCGGCCCUGUUGUCCUGGAGUGCGCAGUCUGACCGUGCCUUGUCAACGCUGGCCUUUGCGGCAGAUCGGCCAAGCCUUUGA